GCCGCUACCACGCAUCACCCACGCCACCAAUAAAUCCCUAAAGGACCCACUCAGAUGUCCACGCCAUUAAACAGUCCCCGAAAUCACGCUGGAGAGAGGGAGAGAGAGAGAAAAGAUAUGUGGAGGUGAUCAUACGUCUGGCAGGGAGAUCGAGGCAAGACGGCUGGCAGUGUACUGUUUGUUGUGAGCAAGUGAGGUGGGCUGGCACUCUGCUCCCCGCUGGCACUGUGACACUACCCCGUGAGCAGAGCCACCUGGGGGGACUGGCUCUCCACCUGAGAACCAGCCAGGCCACCGGGGAGAGAGAGGGAGAGUGCACACCGGGGAGAAAAGAGAGUGAGAGGGCUUUACCACGUGUUUUGAGUGCCUUCCGAUGUACUGAUCACGUUAAAACAGGUUUAUUUACUCUUUAAAGCCCGGAGCGGCGCCCCCCACACCCCCUUGGAAUACAGAAGAGGGAAAGACUCUUAAAAACACGUGUGGCAGCAAUGGAGACCCGCACAGAAAGGACGAGAGGACAAGGGCCAAUCUCUCCCUCACACUCUUGCAACUUCUGAAAAAUUUUAUGCUUAUGCCCUAUAGACGAUUCUGCCUCCUCCUCCUUGCUUCCUCUAUGGGCAGGGGGCUGAGACACACCUCCCCGCUCCCUCUGCAGUGCGUGUGCUGAGUAUGGAGGUGUUAGGCAGGAAAACGCGACCAAUAACUACAAAUAUGUAACUGGCAGAGGAAAAUUUUGGCCAAGACUGAAGGAAAACAGAACGAAGGAGAAGUUAAUUAUUAUUUAUUUAUUUGAUUCUUAACCUCCAUUAUGAGACCUUAGCUGUACUGUGUGUUGUUCCCGCGUCCAAGGAAGAGACAGAGGGAGGAGAAGGAGGAGGAGGAGGAGGAGGAGGGAAAAGGGGGAGGAGGGGGGAAGGAGGAGAAGGAGGACAGAAGUGGUAUUGGUGGGAAAGAGAAGAGAUCUUGAGAGAGCAAGAGGGAGAGAGAGAGGGAGAGAGAGAGAGAGAGAGAGAGAGAGAGAAAGAGAGAGGGAGAGAGAGAUAAUCUGCACUUCCUGCACUUCCUUGUCAACAAUGGUUCAGAUGCUGUGUCGCGUGUGGGGCGUGGGCAUGUUGAGCAUCUUAGCCCUCACCACCAGCAACAUCAUCCUCACCCUCCGCCUCAUGCAAGGGCGCGGCAUGGGAGGCUGCGAGGGCGGGAACUCUGGCUCAGCUGUUAUACCACAAUCUGUACCUCGAUCAUGGACAUCAGCGCUCUCUUCAUAUAAUCAAUCUGAAUAUCUUGCCUUCCUCCGCGCUGCCUCCGUCAACACCUCCGCCAGUAGGGUGUCCGGGAUGGUGGUGGCCGCGGGGGACUUCCAGGUGGACAAAGGGCGUGGCAGGUGGGACGCAAGAAGGACCUACAAAAUCCAUGACAGUGUUUUCACGGGUCCUCGCUACCAGCCACUGACGGAGGAGCUGCCGAUUUGCCUUGCUACCCAGACCUCUGUGGAUAGGCUGUUCUGGCUGGCGCAGGUAGCAAGAUAUUGGGCUGCCUCGAUGUCUGUGGCAGUUUUCACACCUGACGUAGAAUAUGGGAUUGCUCGAGCCUACCUGACGUACCUGGUGGCUUGCUUCCCUUUCCUGGGGGAGAAGGCAACUUUCCACUUCGUCUACCCCAAGGGACACCUGCCCAAGGACCUCCCUAUUGUGAUUGACCAGCUGCAGGAUAGGUGUGACCAGCCCCUAGCGGUUCUGAAGGAGCUGCUGAAGAAGAGAGAUCCUAAGAUGCUGGUGUGGAGGGAGAGGAUGCCGUACCCACAAAAUGUUGUUCGCAAUGUGGCAAGGAAGAAUUGUCAAACUGAGUGGGUAUUUCUUGUUGAUGUUGAUAUUGUACCCAUCCCAGCACUCUCCCACGACCUCUCCCUCUUCCUCCUCUCCAAGACCGCUAAGAACUGCAAAAAGUGUGCAUUCGUGGUACCAACGUAUGAAGUGGAUGAGCGGGCGUCUCUUCCAAUGAACAGAUCCACCCUUAUGAAUUUAGCGGCGCGGGGAAGGGCACGCCCGUUCCACCAAAAGGUUUUUCUCCACAAUCAGCACGCCACCAACUUCUCCAGGUGGGAGGCGCGCGAGAAGGAACACCCGGGGGAGCGGCAGGUCUCUAUCAGUCAUCCUGUUACAACUUUUGAGUUUUUUUACGAACCUUUCUACGUUGCAAGAGAUGACACGCCCCCGCAUGACGAGCGAUUCUUGGGCUACGGGUUCACCAGGAAUACACAGGUGUACGAAAUGCACGUGAGCGGGUACACCUUCCAUGUGCUGUCACCGAUCUUCACACUACACUGGGGGAUGCAAGUGAAGCGAAGCAGGCCAGCGUGGAGAGAGAAACAAAACAAUGUCAAUAGGCGUCUCUUCGAAGGAUUUAAGAAGGAGGUGUUCGCGCGCUAUGGCAAGGACCCACUCAACAUGAUGGCCACUAGGAAGCCCCAGCGUCCUGCCAAAGUCCCCCAGCCGCGUCCCCAGGCCAGGAAGGCGUAGGAGUGAAGGAUUUUGUAGGAGUUUAAAGAAAUGUGUGUGUGUGUGUGUGUGUGUGUGUGUGUGUGUGUGUGUGUGUGUGUGUGUGUGUGUGUGUGUGUGUGUGUGUGUGUGUGUGUGUUUGUUGUCCUGCUGUGUUGAAGGAUGUUUUUUUUUCGAGUUUAAGGAUCUUUAGGAUAUUUUAGGAGUGUAGGAUAGUAGAGUAAAAUACUUUAGGGUUUUUUAAGUAAGGUAGUGUAGGAGUCUGUGGGAUUCUGUUGGAUAAUUCAGGAUUUUUGGUAAUAUUAGUGUAGUUAGUUUGUUGUAGGAUAAGUGAAGGAUAUAACAGCUGUGUAGGAUACCGUAGGAGUCUUGCCAUUCCAGUGUAGGAUAUUUCAAGGUUUCUUAAGUAGGGAAGUGCAGGAUUAUGUAGGAUCUGUAGAAUACUUAUAUAUUUUGUAAGUAGGAUAGCGUAUGACAUGGUAGGAUGUGUAGGAUAUGUCAGGUGGUUAGAGUCAAAUCCUUUUCCUUCACUGAGGCAACACACGGGCGACAGAGGGCAGUAGGAUAAGUCAGGAGGGUAGGAUCUGGUGUAGGAUACCCUCAGAUCCUUUAUAUUAGACUUUAAUCCUUUUGUAAACACUCAGAUCCUUCUUGGAGGCUAAAUAUUUAGGAUUCAAAGGGUAUUAAAGUAGGAUCUGGUGUAGGAUAUCCUGAGAUCCUUUGUAUUAUAGCUGAAUCCUUUUAUAAACACUCAGAUCCUUCUUAGAGGCUAAAUAUAUGGGAUCCAGAGGGUAUUCAAGUAGGAUCUGGUGUAGGAUAUCCUCAGAUCCUUUGUAUUAUAGCUGAAUCCUUUUAUAAACUCUUUAAUUCUUCUUUUAGGGAAAAUAUAAGCGAUUGUAAAGGAUGGGAUAGCUUUAGUACGCUCUGAAAUGCUUUAUGUUAGUAUUCAGUCCUUUUAUAAACAGUCUUAAACAAACUAUAUGAGAUUUAAAGAGUUCCGAGAGUGUUCUAAGCUCUCAGAUUCCCUAUGUUAGUGCUGAAUCCUUUUUAUAAGCUCUCUGAUCCUUUAUGUUAGUGUUGGAUCCUCUUAUAAGCUUUCAGAUCCUUUUUUGAGGCGAGACAUAAGGGAUUUAAAAGGGAAUUAAGUGAGGAAUUGUUUUUAGCACACUUCCAGAUGGUGUACAUUAGUGUUGAAACCUUUUAAGACAAACACAUAUGGAAUUGAAAGGUUAUUAAGGCCAUCUAAGCUCCCAUUAGUGUUGAAACCUAUUGUAAACACUCUUAAUUCCUUAUCUGAGGCAAAACAAUGGAUUUAAAAGGGUUCAGAGGUUAUAUAAGCUCUCAAACCCUUUAUGUUAGUGCUGAACCCCUUUAUAAACUAUCAGGUCCUUCUUUGAGGCUGAACAUAAGGGAUUUAAAACGGUAAUAAGGUAUUCUAAGCCCUAAUAUGUCAGAAAUUAGAUUUUUUCGCCCCUUGAGUGGAGUUGAAAGGCUUAUUGGUGUUUGAAACCUUAUGUAGAGAGAAGAAAAGGAAAUAAUAGGAGGAGGAGGAAGAGAAUUUAAUUUUGUGUAAAUAUUUUGUUUGUGUGUGUCAGAGAGAGAGAGAGAGAGAGAGAGAGAGAGAGAGAGAGAGAGAGAGAGAGAGAGAGAGAGAGAGAGAGAG